AUGGCCGAGUUUAGGAUCACCCUGGAGAAUGUCAACUGGACCUUCGACUACAACUUCACUGACAGUGAAGGGAACAACUCCUACGAUGACAAUUACUUGUGUCCUCAGGCGGAAGACGGCCCCCAGGGUGUCCUGGUGCCUUGCAUCCACCUGCUCAUCUUCCUGCUUGGUGCCCUGGGCAACCUUCUGGUGGUGGUCAUCCUGUUGCGCUACAGGCAUUCCCGCACCUCCACGGAGCUCUUCCUCCUCCACUUUGCCCUGGCCAACCUGUUGCUGCUGCUCACCUUCCCCUUCGGCGUGGUGCAGAGCCUGAACGGCUGGGUCUUCGGCCUCUUCCUCUGCAAGCUGCUGAGUGUCGCCAACCGGAUGAGCUUCUACAGCAGCAGUCUGCUGCUCGGCUGCAUCAGCGUGGACCGCUACCUGGCUGUGGUCUGCGCCCUGCAGACCUUCCAGAAGCAGCGUGGCCUCUCCAUCCACCUGACCUGCCUGGGCAUCUGGCUGCUCUCCUUCCUGCUGGCCAUACCCGACUUGCUGUUCACAGAGGUCUGGGUCCAAGGCCACAACCUGAGCCUCUGCCACUUCAGGGAGUAUGGCACGCAUGGCAUCAACUCCUGGCUGGCCGAGCGCUUCCUCUACCACCUGGUGGGCUUCUUCCUGCCCUUGGGAGUCAUGUGCUAUUGCUACGCAGCCAUCGUGAGGCUCCUCUGCCAGUCCCAGCGGCUGCAGCGGCAAAAGGCCGUGAAGGUGGCCAUUGCGGUCACGAGUGUCUUCCUGCUCUGCUGGACCCCUUACAACGUGGUCAUUUUCUGGGACACCCUUACGAAGCUGGAGAUUACAAGGAAGUCCUGCACGGUUGACCAGGCACUAAGCAGGGCCAUUGUGGUAAGCGAGGUGCUUGCCUACAGCCACUGCUGCCUGAAUCCCAUCCUCUUCACCUUUGUGGGCACCCGGUUCCGCCAUGACUUUUGUCGACUCCUGCACGAUGUGGGCUGCCUGAGUCAGGGGGCCCUGCAGGAGGUUCUGGGCACCUGCAGAAUGGAGAGCAGCAUGGAGACCAACAUCUCCAGUGUUCGGUAUGGGGCCUCCUCCUACUCUGGAAAUGCCACGCCUUCCGGUCUGCCAGAUCGGUUCACUUCUCACAAGGAUCCAAAUGGCCAAGAGGAGGAAGGCUCGGACCUGACUUGGGCCCAAAACAGAGGCUAAGCCCCACAUAUGUUCUCUGAUCCCUUCCCUGCUGUUUCCCAUGAAGCUACGAAUGGCUCGGCUGCUGCCCCCAGCCUGCAAUUGUCCGGGUUCAGAGUGCGGUGCUCACACACAGAUCAGGUUUACUUGAGAGCAGGGUUGUGUCCUCAUUGCCUCCCUACAGAGCAAGGGUCUUCAAACGUGGCAGCUCUAAGACUAGUGGACUUCAACUCCCAGAAUUC